UUUGUGAGGAACCUCAUUCACGGUUUUCUUUCGUCUCGCGGUCAGUUCGAGACCCCUAUAUAUAUGGUUGGUCUUGCCAGAUUCAUGGUCACGAGAAAAUCCUAUCAUUUCACGGUUAUCUCCCUUUCUCUCGCUUUGCUCAUUUUGUUGCCUCGGCAAUCCUUCCUGCCUCCUUCGCCCUAGUGGGUUCUGAAUCUUGUCUGCGAUAGACUUCUCUUCUCUUGUAGCUCAUUUUAAUGUAACUUCAAUCUCUCUUCAUCUCUACUUGACUGCUCCAAUCCCUUCAUUUCCUUCCUUCUCUUGCCGAAUAAUGUAACUUACCUUUAUUUGAUUAAUGCCCGGUUCAGCAAAAGUCUUCUGAAUCAUUCCUGUCAUAGUUUUUAAGUCAUGGAAUCUCGUUAAUCUUUCUAUUUCUUCAUAUGGGUCGGGCUUCGUCUUAUUUCAUCCGCUAAUGCCCAUUCUUCUGAAGGUGAUGUAGUCAAAUCAAAUGCAGGUUGCUACUAUGCCUCCUCGUUAAUUCGGUUUGCUUUCCUUCCGAAGCGCUGGCUUUAGAGAUUGAAUUCGAUUAGCGUCGGUUUUCGUGAGUGAAGUGUACCAUGUAACUGGACUACUGCUUCUUUGCUACUACAGGCUUACAUUUGUUCUACCUUGGUGAUUAAUGGAAGGCCUGUCUGGUUUUCUUGAGAACGAGGAGACUAUGGGUCCAGGCUGUGUCAUGUUUCGGGGGUAGUCUUCAUUCUAGCUAUUGGAGAGCAUCUAUGCAUCUCGUUAACUUAAUUAGUUUUCUGGAUAUGCAAUCCAAGUAGUGUUUGAUUCUUUGUCUAACUUAUUCUUUGGUCCUUGAUAACAUUAUAUCAAAAUAUUCUUCUCAUUAGUUCUCCAACAUGUAAAUUCUUCAUUUGGAUUCUUUUAUUCAUUUUCCCCUUCAAGGACCUGAUGGACUAGAUCAAUUAACAAGUGAACACGCCUUUUUUCCAAUUUUCCGAUUCAAACCUUAGGAUGAUCAAUCGGACUCACGUCUCCCUGCCUUUAGUUUUCUAAGCAUUUUUAUCUAUGCAACUUUAAUCACUAUUUUGCCUCUGAAGUCCACGCACUUAUUUCAAACCAAAACUUAAGGAUUUGUAUUUAUACUUGUUAUACCCCACCAUAUGGAAGAAACAUUUGUUCCCUUCGAAGGGAUCAAGAAUGACCUCAAAGGAAGAAUUGUAUGCUACAAAGAAGAUUGGACAAGUGGUUUCCUAGCGGGUAUAAGGAUUCUUGCCCCAACCACAUACAUAUUUUUUGCUUCAGCAAUUCCAGUUAUUUCUUUUGGAGAGCAACUGGAUAGAAAUACAGGUAAAAGGUCAAUCUUCAGAGUGACAAUGGUCUGUUGGUAUUUUGAUGGCCAUUCUCUAAAAAGCUUUAUUGAAUUAUAUUCUGCAGAUGGAACUCUGACUGCAGUGCAGACUCUUGCAUCAACAGCACUCUGUGGUGUUAUCCAUUCAAUCCUUGGAGGGCAACCUCUCCUCAUUCUCGGUGUAGCUGAGCCAACAGUUCUGAUGUAUACAUUUAUGUAUAACUUUGCUAAGGAUAGAGAGGAUUUGGGUCACAAACUCUUCCUUCCUUGGACUGGAUGGGUGUGUGUUUGGACAGCCUUGUUGCUCUUUUUGUUGGCUAUUCUUGGUGCAUGCUCCAUAAUCAACAGAUUCACACGCAUUGCUGGGGAAUUAUUUGGUCUGCUUAUUGCUAUGCUCUUUAUGCAGCAGGCUAUAAGGGGACUUGUGGAAGAGUUUGGUGUACCCAAGAAUCAGAGAGAAAGCACCAGUUUGAUUGCACUCCAACCAUCUUGGCUGUUUGGCAAUGGAAUGUUUGCUUUGGUUUUGUCAUUUGGCCUUCUUCUGACAGCACUGCAAAGUCGCAAAGCCAGAUCCUGGCGCUAUGGGACAGGUUGGCUUAGGGGAUUUAUAGCUGAUUAUGGAGUCCCACUAUUGGUGUUAGUUUGGACUGCUGUAUCUUACAUACCAGUUAAUGAGGUCCCAAGAGGGGUCCCAAGGCGACUCUUCAGUCCAAAUCCAUGGUCUCCUGGUGCAUACUCAAAUUGGACAGUUAUCAAGGAAAUGUUGGAUGUUCCUGCUGUGUAUAUUAUUGGAGCAUUUAUACCAGCAACUAUGAUUGCUGUACUUUACUACUUUGAUCACAGUGUUGCAUCACAACUUGCACAGCAGAAGGAGUUCAAUCUAAGAAAACCUUCUUCCUAUCAUUACGACCUUCUUCUUUUGGGCUUUUUGACUUUGUUGUGUGGGCUUAUUGGAAUCCCUCCUUCCAAUGGGGUCAUUCCACAAUCUCCAAUGCAUACAAAAAGCUUAGCUACUCUGAAACAUCAGCUCUUGAGGAGAAAGCUUAUAUCAACUGCACAACAAAGUAUGCGGAAAAAUAUGAACCUAGGCCAGUUGUACCAGAAUAUGCAAGAAGCAUACGAUGAAAUGCACACUCCACUGGUCCAUCAAAUGCCACCUGCUCUGAGGUUGAAAGGGCUGAAGGAGUCCACCAUCCAACUCGCUUCCAUUCAAGGAUACGUGGAUGCCCCUGUUGAUGAGAUAGUGUUUGAUGUGGACAAGGAUGUUGAUGAUCUUUUGCCUGUUGAAGUUAAAGAACAGCGCCUCAGCAAUCUGCUACAGGCAUUGAUGGUUGGUGGUUGUGUUGCUGCUAUGCCUGUUUUGAAGAAGAUACCAACUUCAGUCCUGUGGGGCUACUUUGCUUUCAUGGCUAUAGAGAGUCUGCCAGGAAAUCAGUUCUGGGAGAGAAUAUUGUUUCUGUUAACCGCUCCAAAUCGAAGAUACAUGGUGCUGGAGAAAAUGCAUGCAACUUCUAUUGAGACUGUGCCCUUCAAAACAGUUGCCAUGUUUACUCUGUUACAAACAGCUUACUUGCUUGCAUGCUUUGGUGUAACUUGGAUACCAAUUGCUGGGGUCCUUUUCCCGCUGUUAAUCAUGCUUCUUGUCCCAGCACGCCAAUAUAUCCUUCCUAAGUUUCUUAAAGGAGUACAUCUUCAAGAGUUGGAUGCUGCAGCCUACGAGGAAGCGCCUGCUGUUGCUUUCAACAUGGCAUUUGAAGAUCCAAGUAGUCAAACUCCGGCAACAACUGUCAACGUUAGUGGUGGGGAAAUUCUUGAUGAGAUUAUUACUAGGAGCCGUGGGGAGAUUCGUGGCAUCCACAGCCCGAAAACAACUAGUUCAACACCAACUUCAUUUGGUGAUAUAAGACCUGCUAAUAGUCCACAGCUAGUGCGAAGGAUGCACAGCCCUCGAGUUACUGAAUUGAGAGGGGAAAGCAGCCUAGGAUCACCCAAAAAAGAGAUCAUGUCAAAGCAAACUCCUAGUCCAGGGUCUUCAAUUCCUUGACAAGAUAUUAAUGCUUCGUCUUCAAGCUGAAAUGGUAUCUUUAAGACUGUAGAGAAUAGUUGUAAGUGGUGCUCUAGAGGUCUUGUGCUUUAUACAUGUAAUGAAAGGCAAUCUUCUACAUUUCUAUUUCUUCUCUUCUAAAGUUUUACCGUAGUUUGUUGUUUGACUGCAUUGUUCCUUGUUAAUGUAGAUGGGCAGGGAUGUUUUAUGUUGAUGGAAACAAUAUUUGAGCUA